GGUUGACAUUUCGAAGUCAAACAAACGCGUCACAUAGAAGACAAUUGAAACCCCAAAUGAUGUGAUUACAUUCAUAUUUGGCAUCAGUAGACGUAUAUAUACAAGCCAGAAGGAAUCCUCUUCUGUGUUCGCCCUCCGUUCAACAACUUUGAAGUUCGGAAAUUUCGAGAAAUACUGCAGAUACACCAGAUUAAUGGCUCAAUCAACAAAUACAGCUGGGAAGAAGCUCAUUAAAAUUGAUGUGACUUCGGAUAGUGUGUGCCCAUGGUGUUACGUGGGCAAGAAGAAUCUAGACAAAGCUUUAGCUCUAUCAAAAGAUCAAUACGAUUUCGAGAUUAACUGGCAUCCAUUUUUACUAAACCCUUCUGCCCCUAAAGAAGGGGUUAACAAGAUCGAUUACUACAGGAGCAAAUUUGGUUCUCGAGCUGAUCAAAUGAGUGUUCGGAUGUCUCAGGUUUUUAAGGAAAUCGGAAUGGAAUACAGCAUGUCAGGCCUCACGGGAUGUUCCCUGGAAAGCCACAGGCUCAUACUUUUUGCAGGGAAACAAGGGCUUGAUAAGCAACACAAUCUUGUUGAAGAGAUAUUCAAAGGCUAUUUCACACAGGGAAAGUUUAUAGGUGACAGGAACUUUCUUGUGGAAUCUGCAAGGAAAGCUGGGAUAGAAGGAGCAGCUGAGUUUCUUGAUGAUCCAAACAUGGGACUUGAGGAGGUUAAUAAAGAACUUGAGAAACACUCAGCCAACAUUUCUGGUGUCCCUCAUUAUGUGAUUAAUGGAAAACAUCAGCUGAGUGGUGGCCAACCUGCAGAAGUAUUCCUGAGAGCUUUUCAAGUGGCUGCUAAUUGAGUGAUUUCAUCUAGUAAUUGCUACAUAUAAGAGUGUUAUCAAGUUGUUUUUAUACAUUCAUACAUUAAUGUUUGCAAUAAAUAUAUCACUUAUCUGA